UUCAUUUCUUUGAGAGCAUUCACUUUCUGCACCAGCUAGUAUAUGUAGGCAAAGGGAGACAAUAGUGAUGCAUAGUAUAUGUUUGUGUGUAUGUGUGAAAGAGAGGGAGAGAGAAAACUUACGUCAUUGACAGUGGAAGAGUGCAUAUAUAUAGUAGGAUCUAAAGGGUUGGGAAAAUUUGUAAUAAAAGAUUAUUAUGGGGAAAGGAAGAGCACCAUGUUGUGAUAAGACUAAAGUGAAGAGAGGUCCUUGGAACCCUGCAGAAGAUCUUAAACUCAUAGCCUUCAUCCAGAAAUAUGGCCAUGAAAACUGGCGAGCUCUCCCAAAACAAGCUGGGCUUCUGAGAUGUGGAAAAAGUUGUCGUUUGAGAUGGAUUAAUUAUCUAAGACCUGAUGUGAAGAGAGGAAAUUUUACACCAGAGGAAGAGGAAACCAUCAUAAGACUUCACAGGGCCAUGGGAAACAAGUGGUCAAAGAUUGCAUCACGUUUGCCUGGUAGGACAGACAAUGAGAUCAAGAAUGUCUGGAACACCCACUUAAAGAAAAGGUUGUCUCCUAAAAAAACUUCAGAAUCAAGUACAGAUGAAUCCAAGCCAGAAUCAACAAUAACUUCCACCUCUUCCUCUUCCUCUCAGUCCUUUUUCUCAACUGAGAGGCCAAAUUCACCCAAGAGCACUACACCUUAUACUAAUGAAUUUUGUGACCAAGCAGAGCAAUUAUCAAUGGAAGAUAAAAUUGAGCAGGAUUCAGAAAAAGCAGUGUCAAGUGAACUACUAAUUGGCAUGACUGAGGAUCCAAAAGAGUCAUCGGCUUCAUUUUCUUGUGAGUCAAAUAUUGUAAACUCGAGCCAGAAUGUUGCACAGAAACCUGAAGAGACAUUGGCUUCGCCCUUAUCUGUAUCAAUAUAUACUAUUGAGACAAUUAAUAUUGUAAAUUCAGGCCAGAAAGUUGCACACAAACCAGAACAACAAUUGGCUUCUCCAUCAUCCUACCUAGGACCUUAUGAUGUCGGCCAUAUUUUAGAAAUUCCAUGGGAACCAGAUUAUGAGUUUUGGAAGUUGUUAGAUGAUGAUAGCCCUGGAUCUUUUCAAUCAAAGGAAGUCCAAUUAGGUGAGUUCUCAGCCAACCAAAACAUGAUUCUUGGAGAAGAG